AGCUCUUCAGCUAAUUGAACUCUCUUUCCACCAAGUUUCCUUUUACAACAAGUUGAUCUUUUUUGGUUUAUAUAUAUAUGCUCAUCCAUUUGGUUCACUUGCCAGGAAUUUUAACAAUUUGAACACUUCUUCACACUUGAAAGUUGUGACUUGGUCUGGGUUUUUGUUGAGGAUUCUGUAAUUACACAGCUUUAUCUCUUUUGGUCAAACUAGCUAGCAUCUUCUGGAAACUUGGGUUCUGGGUUUUGCAAGAAGAUUUGGUUGGACUAGUUCGAACUCGCCGGCUAUGGAUUAUUCUUCAUGGAGAAGUACUUGCUUGGAUCUUAAUGUUAAUGUUGCUUCUGUACCGAACGAAGAGAUGGAAAGCAAUUUUAUAGACUUUGAAAAGAAGCUCUCAGUUAAACAAGAGACUGGUGCUUUGGUGGAGGAAUUGAAUCGAGUGAGUGCAGAAAAUAGGAAGCUAACUGAAAUGCUAACAGUGAUGUGUGAGAACUACAACGAUUUGCGAAGCCAGUUGAUGGAUUAUAUGAGCAAGAACCCCGAAAAGGAGCUUAGCCCCUCAAGGAAAAGGAAGUCUGAAAGUAGUAACAACAUUAGUAAUAAUGCCAAUGGAAUUAAUGGCAACUCAGAGAGCAGCUCAACUGAUGAUGAAUCAUGCAAGAAACCUAGAGAAGGGACAAUCAAGGCAAAAAUCUCAAGGUCUUGUGUCAAGACUGAAGCAUCUGAUACUAGCCUUGUUGUGAAGGAUGGAUAUCAAUGGAGGAAAUAUGGACAGAAGGUCACCAGAGAUAAUCCCUGUCCUAGAGCUUACUUCAAAUGCUCUUUUGCUCCAAGCUGCCCCGUCAAAAAGAAGGUACAAAGAAGUGUGGAAGACCAAUCAAUUUUGGUUGCAACCUAUGAAGGUGAGCACAACCAUCCCCAUCCUUCUCAACUUGAGGCAACAUCAGGCUCCAACCGCUGUGUGACCCUUGCAUCACUCCCCUGCUCAGCCUCUCUCAGCUCAUCUGGACCAACGCUCACUCUUGAGUUGACAAAAUCUAAGUCCAGUACUAAUGACAUCAAACCAUCAAAACCCAAAAUUGAUUCACCAGAAAUCAAGCAGUUCUUGGUGGAACAGAUGGCUUCAUCCUUGACAAAAGAUCCCAAUUUCACAGCAGCACUUGCGGCAGCCAUCUCAGGAAGAAUGUUACACCAAGGUCAAACUGAAAAAUGGUGAAUGUCCAUAAAGAAGUUACACAUCAAGCAUUCUGUAAUGUCAUAGAACUAUUUCUAAGAUUAGCUAGGAUGUUUAUGUAAAUACAACAAUCGAAAAGUGAGAAAAAAAAAUAUAUUUGGAACUUGUAUUGUUGAAUUUCCUCUAACUGAGAGGAAUGUAUUUUUCAAAGUAGGACUGCAAUUUCAGAAGAUUAACCACGAGGCAAUCCAAGCUCAAUUGAGCCAUACGCUUUGAUCUAUAUAGUUUCAUGAAUGAGAAUUAGAAUCAGAUCCUUGGAAGUGUU